GUCCGUCGUUCAGUGCUUUUUCACUGUUGCUUUGCUAAUGUUCACUCGCGAACAGCGCUCGUCCGUCGUCUUGUCUGCAACAUAAACGCAACAAAAUCGUAAAAUUUUUCGUACACAGCUUAUUUGAAAGAAAUAUUUGGCACUGUGGUGAAAGCAAUUGAGUUUAAUUGAGAUUUUGCUUGCGCUAUAGUAUCUUCUACGCAGUAUUAUAAAUUUAGAAAAUUUUAAACAAUUAGGAAAAGGAAAAAACUUUCGUACAAACAAAUAAAUAAAUUAAGAAACAUCUCGUUUUUUUUUAAUAAACAAUCAACAAUAAAUAAAAAUAUAUUCCUUCAGAACAAGUGGCGUACAAUAUAUGUACAGAAACAACAGCUACUUGGGGCAAAUUGAGUGGCCAGACUAAAUUUAGUAACAAUUGUGACGUUUAAGCAAAUAAAACGUGUUUAUUUACAUCUUGACAUCGCAGCACGCAGCGCACUUGGAUUUUUUAGUGUGACAAAACAGUGAAAGGGCAUUUUAUUUGAAUCGCGCAAAUAAAAAGAAAACAAAAACACCAACAACUUACGAUAUACAUACAUAUGCACAACUAUUGUCUAAUUGCUGCUUGAUCGUUGAGACAUCGCUGUGACCGCGUUAGUUUCAGCAAUUGAAUCUCUUCACUUAAAGCCACAUAAAUAAAAAUUUACGCUUUAAUAAAACGCAAUUGCUUGGCGUACACGCUCCUCAAUCAGCUGCUGCUUCACUUCCAAAGAGGAAGUCUACAGAAAAAUAUUCAAAACUGAAGUCGACAUCCGGUGCGCGUUUUACGACCACGUCAUCAGCUUCAACUUCAGCAUUGGCAUCAUCAUCCUCAUCCUUCCUAUCAUCGCUUCUCGCCCACAUUAUAGUUGAAUCGUUGCUGUUAUUCCUUUAAACUAUUUUGCUGCUGCUAUGGCAUCGUCAUCAGUGCUCGCUAACAAUCCAAUUUCGACACUAGCAUCACCGGUUGCUGUUAAUUCCUCGUCGUCGCCGUCGUCGACGACUACGACUACCUCACCUACUCCAAUUUCAACACGUAAACGCACCUACGAGACUGCAAUCUCAAUGCCCGCUGUGGCAACAAAAGCUAGAGGAGCAACAGCAGCUAUAGCAAAGGCAUCAAUUGCCAACAAAAUGAAUGUGAAUGGCAAUGAUAUUGCCCUUAGUGAUAUAUAUGUGGAUGGUGUUAGUACCGCCACUAAUAAUGCAAUAACAAACAAAGAUUAUACACGCACAGUUUCACAAUGCGAACCAGACGAGGAGGCCUCUGGUUCGUCAUCGGUAUAUUACGAUAGUCCAGUGAAAAGAGAGUAUGUGCCGACACCACAACCGCUGCCGUCGAUCAGCAGUGGCGCAUCAGAUCUUGCAACAAUUUGCAAGCCCGCACCUCUGUCCACAGAUGAAGAGGCCGUUGUGGAGCGUGAGAAAUGUGAUUACAACUAUAAAAUCACCUAUCAAAUGGCGCGUUCGGGCCAGACGAAACGACGCGUACGUGUCUACGCCGAUGGCAUUUAUGACCUCUUCCAUCAAGGUCACGCCAGACAGCUAAUGCAAGCAAAGAACAUUUUUCCGAAUGUUUACUUAAUUAUUGUACCGGAUGCACCUUGGACUCUAUCGGACGAAUUUAUUGAAUCGAAUAAAAUUGAUUUUGUUGCACACGAUGACAUUCCAUACCUUGGUAAUGGUGUGGAGGAUAUUUACGCACCACUGAAGGCUAAAGGCAUGUUUGUGGCCACUGAACGUACGGAAGGCGUUUCCACAUCGGAUAUUGUGGCACGCAUCGUCAAGGACUACGAUUUAUAUGUACGCAGGAAUUUGGCGCGUGGCUAUUCGGCCAAAGAUUUGAAUGUAUCAUUCCUUUCGGAGAAGAAGUUUAGAUUUCAAAAUAAAAUGGAUGAACUGAAGGUACGCGGUCGUCGCGAAUUGACCAAAGUGAAGGAUGAUAUCAUUACAAAAUGGGAGGAAGCAUCACGUGAUUUUAUCGAUGCUUUCCUUUUACUUUUUGGACGCGAACGUCUCAAUCAUUUGUGGAACGAAUCGAAGGGUAAAUUAAUACAAGCGCUUAGUCCACCUGGCAGUCCCAGUGGUUCAGUGAAUGGCGAUGACGAAGAUGUUGAUGAUGGUGAUUUCGAGGAGGAUACUGAUUUCGCAACUGUACGCAUACCGGCCAAUAUUGCGCGGAGUCGUGCACUUGAUAGUCCUACGGUACGCCGUAGCAGCGGCCGUGGAACAACUUCGAAUUUUGCCGCCAGGGCAGCCAGGUUAGUCGAACAAGAAGAAAAUGAUGGUGAUGAUGAUGAUGAGGAUGGCGGCGAAUAUGAGCAUAGAAGUGAUUAGAGCAAAUUAUAUAAUAUGAUACCCAAAUAUUUCGUAGGUAAUAUUAUUAUUAUUGUAACGCAAAUGUGCGAAAGGGAAGAGAAAAAUAAGAGUUAAAUUAAAACGAAACACAAUUAUUUGCAGACAUUUGUGUGUCUAUGAGAACUUUUCGUCAAUGAUGAAGCAUAAAUUUGUUAAAACACACGAAUUAUACAUACAAACAUAAAUCAGCUGAGUUGUGCUAGUGAAAGUAUCACAUUGACUAUGGGUUAUCCGAGUCGAUUCCGGAUCACAAAAAAAAAAAAACAAAAAUUGAAUUA